AUGGACAUGUGCUCUGGUGCUACUCUCAACGUUACUUGCCGUCAAGACGUUGUCCAUAUUGGGGUUACCAUGAUCUACUGGCUAUCUUCAACGACGCUUUACCUACCUCCUCAGACGAUACAAUACGACGUAGUUCAGGAUGGAUCCACCGUCAUUACGACGGCCACGCACACGAAACAAAGCAACGUAUCGACGCUAGACAUGCUGAGCUACACGGAUCUUAUCCCCACUGCGCAGCAGGGCGGCUGUGUGGGCCCGUAUUGCAUCAGCACCAUUGAGCCCGUCUACGGGACAACCGAGGUUCUUACUUCAUCAUACAACGGCACAACAUGGAGUGACACAAUAACCUACCCAACGCCCUAUGGUCUCGCACAAGGCAUCAAUUUCGGCCAAACUGCUGUCUGCGCUGAUGGCCAAACGGUAACAUCAUCCGGGAGCAUAAUGGGUUUGCCACCAAUCCCGGCACCGCAGACGCUGGACUACACGGCCUGGGGCAUCGAAAUCUUCAACAGCAUCCCUGGGUUCGGAGAGGCGGUUGCAAGCCGCUAUCCGAAGAUUGCGCACUGCACUUGGGGAGGGUUCAAUGGGCAGCCGCUGCCCAAGGUCGUCGUGAGCGCUCUCACAGUAGAGACGACAAACGUCGUGACCACGACUCGGGACUCGGCUACCACCAGGGAUGUGACCACCAAGCCUACGACAAGGGAGGCCGCGACGACCACGACACCGGCACAAACAGCAACAGCCACCGCUGAACCGCAACCUACCAGCUUGCCUGCUGCGCCCCCAGUAGCUGAGCCCACGCAGACACAACCACCGCUGGAGGCCAAUCCAGAUACCUCAGUACCUGCCAGCAGCCCCAGCCCAGGCGCGGGCUCACUCAUCCUCUGCGGUCUCGGUGGGCCCUGUCCUUCUGCAUCCCCAUCCAGCCCAACAGAUGACCAGCCACCGGCGGAUGAUCCUCCUGCGCAGAAUUCCAACAGCCAGCCUGCUUCGUCCUCUGAGCCCGAGUCGAUCUACACCGGUAGCUCCGCAACCUUUGUCCUGGGUCCUUCCCCGUCAUCCUCUCCCUCAGACGCCGACUCUCCGCCAGACGCACCCGCCGACUCCCCCGUCCCGAUCUACACAGAAUCCGGCGGCGCAGUAGCCGUCGGCACGCACACGACCCUCUCCGCCGGCGGUCCGGCGGCAACAAUCUCGAACGUCGUGGUCAGCGCGGGGACGGACGGCGUGCACCUCGGCGAUAGCGUGUUGUCAUACAACAAUGGUCCAUCGGCUGCCUCUGCUGUAGCAGCAGCAGCACCCGAAGCGACCUUCGUCCUCGGCACAGACACCUACACCUACACCUCCGGCGCAAGCGCGGUGGUGCUCGGUGGGACAACCGUGCAGCUCGGCAGCGCUGGCGCCGCUGCAACCGUGUCCGGCGCCAUCCUCAGCGUCGGCACGCAAGGCCAGCUCAACGUCGAUGGCGCACCCAUAUCCUUCGCCGCGCAGACAGCAGCAGCAGCAGCAACGGCCGUGGCCACGUUCGCUGUCGGUGGGGAGGAGUAUGCUUACACGCCCGCUGCUGGCACGCUUGCUGUCGGCUCCACCACCUUGACGGCUGGCGGCCCUGCGGCGACCGUCGGGGGGCAGGUUGUCUCGUUGGGGACGGCGGGAGUAGUGAUUGAUGGGAGUACAGUGGUGUCAGCACCGACUGGUGUGGCUAAGGCAGUUUUCACGGUGGAUGGGAAUGUGUAUACAGCUACACAGGGAGGAAGCACGGUGGUUGUCGCGGGGCAGACGCUGACGGUGGGUGGUGCAGCGGUCGUUGUUGAUGGGGAGACACUGAGUUUGGGGCCGAGCGGUGUGGUCGUCGAUGGGAAUACGGCUUCUUUCGAGGCCGGAGCAGCCAUGACGGCGGAUGCGGCUCUUGUUACCGUUGGAGGCUCCGAGUAUACGUUCAAAGAAGGGGAAACCACGCUCGUGAUCGGGUCGAGGACCUUGACGGUUGGGGGCUCGGCGGCUACUGUCUCGGGUGAGGUGGUGAGUCUGGCCUCGAGUGGUGUGGUUGUUGAUGGAAGCAGGACUGUUGCAUUUAGUAACACUGCUGCACCCACCGCAUCUGGUUCUCAAUCCGGGAGUGGGGUACCGGCGCAGUAUACCGGAGUGCCCACCAAAUUCGCCGUCCUCCUAUUUCCCGCCUUCGAGCUCAUCGAUGUGUUCGGGCCCAUUGACGCGCUCUCGUACCUCAGCUCCACCCACCGCAUGGACCUCUACCUAAUCUCUUCGUACACCAACACGUCCCUGGCGCCGGUAUCCUCCAAGCCCCGCUCCGCCAGCAUGAAUCCGUACAACAACUCCUUCGGCGCGUCCAUCGUGCCCACGCACACGCUCGCCAACGCCCCCGACGACAUCGACGUACUGCUGGUUCCGGGCGGCCUGGGAACGCGGGCGGCAGACCUCGCGCCCGCCAUCGAAUUCAUCAAGAACGUCUAUCCGCGCCUGCAGUACCUCAUCACCGUGUGCACUGGCGCCGGGUUGGCGGCCCGCGCGGGCGUGCUGGAUGGCAAGCUGGCCACGACGAACAAGGGCUCUUGGAACAGCACGACGGCGUUGGGGCCGAAUGUGCUGUGGCAGCCCAGCGCGCGCUGGACCGUCGACGGUAACAUAUGGACGAGCUCGGGAGUGACCGCUGGCAUGGACGUGUCGUUGGCCUGGAUCGCGGAAGUGUAUGGCGCCGACGUGGCACGGACGGUGGCGACGAAUAUGGAGUAUGUAUGGGUGGAUGAUGCGAGUGCUGAUCCUUUUGCUGUGUCUGUAUAA